CAUCUUUCCACUCCGACACUUGUACGGCCCCCAACACACCCCUUUGCUUCUUCAUCUACACACAUCACACAUUACACAUUACACCUCUUACCAUGCUUCGUAUAGCGUCCCGAUCCAUACGACCCCGUUCCUUCACCCCUCUACAUUCUCCCGCACUCAGAACAUUAUCUUCUUCUCCCAUUCGAAACAUUAACCCCAAACGCUCGUACGCCACCGAAGCUGCCGUUCCUCCCAGUCCGAACGAUGUUUUUGCAAACGGUAGCAAUGCCUAUUACGCCGAGGAGAUGUAUCGUUAUUGGAAACAGGACCCAAAAUCAGUUCACGUCUCCUGGGCUGCUUAUUUCCAAGGAUUAGAUAAAGGUCUUCCUUCCGCUUCCGCCUUCACUCCACCUCCUGGACUCUAUGGAGGUGUCCCGCAACCCGCAGCAGGCAGUCCCGCCUUGGAGAUCAGAGGUGGGGGAGAUGUCACGGACUAUCUCAAGGUUCAACUCCUCAUCCGAGCAUAUCAAGUCAGAGGUCAUCAUAUCGCGAACCUUGAUCCUUUACACAUUUCCGAUGCCGACCUUGAUAGUCGUAUCCCACCUGAACUCCAACUUGACUACUACGGUUGGUCAGAAGAUGAUCUGAAAAAAGAGUUUCAGAUCACUUCUGGCAUCCUUCCAAAGUUCAUUGAUACCGUCAACGACAACAAAAUGACUCUUGGACAAAUCAUCGACGAGCUCAAACGGAUGUACUGCACUCAUAUCGGUGUCCAAUAUAUUCAUAUCUCCGACAGAGGUCAAUGUGAUUGGAUCAGAGAACGUAUCGAAGUACCACGUCAGUGGAAAUACACAACCGAAGAGAAACGUAUGAUCCUCGAUCGACUCAUGUGGAGUGAAUUGUUUGAAAAAUUCAUCGCCAGUAAAUAUCCCAAUGAGAAACGAUUCGGAUUGGAAGGUUGUGAAAGUUUGAUUCCCGGGAUGAAAGCUUUGAUCGAUCGAUCCGUCGACGCUGGAGUCAAGAGCGUCGUCAUUGGGAUGCCACAUCGUGGAAGAUUGAACGUGCUAGGAAAUGUCAUCCGAAAACCCAUCGAGGCUAUCUUGAACGAGUUUGCUGGUCCCGCUGAUAGGGAUGAUUCUGGUGGUGGUGAUGUGAAGUAUCACCUAGGAGCCAACUACAUACGUCCCACUCCCAGUGGAAAGAAAGUUUCCCUCUCGCUUGUUGCCAAUCCUUCCCAUCUAGAAGCUGAAGAUCCGGUAGUUCUUGGCAAAACUCGUGGACUUCAACACUUUGAAGGCGACGAAGGCGGUCGCACCACGGCCAUGGGUUUGUUGCUACACGGUGAUGCUGCUUUCGCAGGUCAAGGUGUGGUCUAUGAGACUAUGGGAAUGCACGAUCUCCAAAACUACGGUACCGGCGGUACUAUCCAUCUCAUUGUCAACAAUCAAAUUGGUUUCACCACCGAUCCUCGAUUCGCACGUUCUACACCUUAUCCCUCCGAUAUCGCGAAAUCCAUCGAUGCCCCCAUUUUCCAUGUCAACGGUGACGAUGUCGAAGCUGUCAAUUUUGUCUGUACCCUCGCUGCGGAUUGGCGUGCGACUUUCAAAAGAGAUGUAGUGGUGGAUAUUGUCUGUUACAGGCGUUACGGGCAUAACGAAACCGAUCAACCAUCCUUUACCCAACCGAAAAUGUACAAAGCCAUACAAAAACAACCCACAGUCCUCUCCCUUUACACCGACAAACUGAUCAAAGAAGGUACAUUCACUGAGAAAGAGGUCGACGAACAUCGCGAAUGGGUUUGGGGGAUGUUGGAGAAGGCCUAUGAUGGUAGUAAAGACUACAAACCUUCUCCUCGUGAGUGGUUGUCCAGUUCAUGGGAAGGCUUCCCCACUCCGAAAGAACUAGCGGAGAAUGUCUUACCCCAUCAUCCAACGGGGACAGACGAACGUACUCUGAAACGCGUCGGUGAAGUCAUCUCCACCUUCCCAGAAGGAUUCACACCUCAUCGUAAUCUGGCAAGAAUCAUCACUACCAGAGGAAAGACCAUUUCGGAGGGUGAAAACAUCGAUUGGUCCACCGCGGAAGCUUUGGCCUUUGGUGCGCUGUGUCUCGAAGGAACUCAUGUGAGGAUUUCCGGACAGGAUGUGGAGAGAGGGACUUUUUCACAAAGACAUGCUGUGGUGCAUGAUCAGGAAACGGAGGGGACUUACGUUCCUCUUCAACAUCUUGGAUCGGAGCAAGGAUCUUUCACCGUUACCAAUUCCCAUCUGUCCGAGUUUGGAACGCUUGGGUUUGAGUUGGGAUACUCCCUGGUUUCGCCUAAUUCCCUUACUAUCUGGGAGGCUCAAUUUGGUGACUUUGCUAACAACGCUCAAUGUAUCAUCGACCAAUUCCUCGCUGCUGGUGAACGUAAAUGGCUUCAACGUACAGGUCUCGUCCUCAACCUUCCUCACGGAUACGAUGGUCAAGGACCUGAACAUUCUUCAGGUAGAUUAGAACGUUUCCUUCAAUUAUGUGAUGACGAACCUCGUAUUUAUCCUUCACCUGAAAAACUCGACCGUCAACAUCAAGAUUGUAACAUGCAAGUCGUCUACCCUACCACUCCAGCCAAUUAUUUCCACGUCUUACGUAGACAAAACAAACGUGAAUUCCGUAAACCUUUAAUCCUUUUCUUUUCGAAAUCUCUCCUGAGACAUCCAUUAGCGAGAAGUACAUUGGAAGAAAUGACAGGUGAUAAACAUUUCCAAAGAUAUUUACCUGAUCUUCAUCCUGAAGAAUUGGUACAACCUGAAGAAAUCAGAAGACAUAUUUUAUGUACCGGUCAAGUAUAUUAUCAAUUAUUGAAAGAAAGAGAAGAUAGAGGUAUAAAGGAUGUUGUGAUUUCAAGAGUUGAACAACUUAGUCCUUUACCUUAUGAGUUGAUAACUCCUCAUUUGGAUAAAUAUCCCAAUGCCGAUUUGGUUUGGGCACAAGAAGAGCCACUCAACAACGGUGCAUGGACAUACGUUCAACCUCGUCUCAUCACAGCUUUACAAAAAACAGAACAUCAUAAAGGAAAAGUACCGAUUUACGCCGGUCGAAAACCUUCUUCAUCAGUAGCGACAGGAAGUAAACAAGCGCACAAGUCGGAGAUUGAGAUGAUCAAUGAAAUGGCUUUUAGUCCUGAAAACAAGAGUGUUUUGGGGCAGUAAACCCUUUCUUCCCCCAGAUCACCCACCGUAGCAUCGUUACUUUCCAAUUGUUAUACCAUCCUCGGAUUCGAUACGGACUUGGAAUGUGAGAGAGUAAGAUGAUGAUGAUUGUUCGACUUGUGCAUGUGGAGAAGGUGGAGGGAUAGAUCUACAUGUGUAGUUUUGACGAUCAAAAAUGCAUACAUUAACCAUCCAUAU